UGCCAUUCGGCGUCUCCAAGCUGCUUGAGCCGGAGGCGAGUCUGACAGGAACUGCAACCUGAGUGCAAACUUCAUGUUAAUGGCAGUUUGUAGUUAGAACUAAAGCGCGCCUCCCGUUGCCUCUAGUGGGAUUUUCUUUUAAUUUAAGGAAAGGUCCCGAUUAAACGACAGUAUUAAUUAAUUGGUUCUGUCCAUGUCGAAAAGAUUGAGGAGUAACGACAUCUGCGCCGACUGCAGCGUCCCCGAUCCUCGCUGGGCAUCCAUAAACAGGGGUGUUCUGAUCUGCGAUGACUGUUGCAGUGUACACCGUAGUCUGGGCCGACAUAUCUCUCAGGUACGACACCUGACACACACACCGUGGCCUCCCACACUGCUACAGAUGGUGCAAACUCUUGUUAGCAAUGGUGCCAAUUCAAUCUGGGAGCAUUCGUUACUAGAUCCUACUUCUCUAAUGAGUGGAAAGCGCAAGGCCAGCCCUCAAGAUAAAGUGCACCCCAGUAAAGCAGAAUUUAUCAGAGCCAAAUAUUCAAUGCUGGCUUUCGUCCAUCGCUUGCCAUGUCGUGAGGAUGAUAGUGUUGCAGCCAAAGACCUGAGCAAACAAUUGCACUCAAGUGUGCGGACAGGGAACUUGGAGACCUGCUUGCGAUUGCUCUCAUUAGGAGCCCAAGCAAACUUCUUCCAUCCUGAGAAAGGAAAUACUCCUCUUCAUGUAGCAAGCAAAGGAGGACAAAUUUUACAGGCUGAGUUGUUAGCAGUAUACGGUGCUGAUCCUGGUGCCCCUGAUGCCAAUGGCAAGACACCAUGUGACAAUGCAAGACAAGCAGGGCACCAUGAACUAGCAGACCGUUUAGUAGAGAUUCAGUAUGAACUCACUGACAGACUAACCUUCUUCCUUUGUGGAAGAAAACCAGAUCACAAGAAUGGGCAGCACUUCAUAAUUCCACAGAUGGCUGAUAGCAGUUUAGAUUUGUCAGAACUAGCAAAAGCAGCAAAGAAGAAACUGCAGUCUUUAAGUAAUCACUUAUUUGAGGAACUAGCUAUGGAUGUAUAUGAUGAAGUGGAUCGAAGGGAGACUGAUGCAGUUUGGCUGACAACUCAAAACCACAGCACCCUGGUAACUGAAACAACAGUCAUUCCCUUCCUUCCUGUGAAUCCAGAGUACUCGUCAACAAGGAAUCAGGGAAGACAGAAGCUGGCACGGUUUAACGCUCAUGAGUUUGCCACUUUAGUCAUUGAUAUUUUAAGUGAUGCCAAACGAAGACAACUAGGGAAUCCAGUCACUAGUCCCAAAGAAAAUGUGGAAAUUAUACUGAAGAAUAUUAAUGAUCACCAUGGCGGUGAGAGCCAUGACAAUGAUCAGCCAGAUUAUGACAGUGUUGCUUCAGAUGAAGAUACGGACCAGGAACCAGCAGUUAAAGCAGUUAGAGCAAAGAGCAUGGACUCUGAUCUGUCAGAUGGACCAAUUACAUUGCAGGAAUACAUGGAGGUGAAAAAUGCACUCAGCGCUUCUGAGGCAAAGAUACAGCAGCUGAUGAAAGUGAACAGCAACUUGAGUGAUGAACUGCGUUUGAUGCAAAAAAAGCUUCAAACGCUGCAGAGUGAAAACACCACCCUCAGGCGGCAGGUCACUACGAAUAUCUGUCAAGUUCCCAGUUCAGAAUACCCAGGUCCCUCCAAUCCUUCGUCCUUAAAACGGCGCCCGUCUGCACGUGGCAGCCGGCCUAUGUCCAUGUAUGAGACUGGCUCUGGUCAGAAACCCUAUCUCCCAAUUGGGGACAUCACAUACCCAGAGGACAGUAUUGCAGGACUUCAGCCCUUCCCUCAACACAUUGGGAGGAGUGCCUUUGUGACCUCCUCUUCAUCUUUACCUUCCUUCCCUUCCACGCUUUCCUGGUCCCGGGAUGAGAACACCCGAAGGGCAUCAAAACUCGAGAAACAGAACAGCAUGCCGGACAGUGACUACGAUAACGCAGCAAAUGACUUGGAGCCAGAUGAGGCUGGCUCUUGCCAAAAGGGUAAACUAAAAAGCAUAGGACGAUAUGAAGAAACCCCAAUACUAGAGCUGGACAAUCCAGAUGCAGAACCAGAUUCCACCCUCCCAAGCACAGAGGAUGUAAUUCGAAAAACAGAACAAAUCACCAAAAAUAUUCAGGAGUUGUUGCGAGCGGCACAGGAAAACAAGCAUGACAGACAGAUUGAACGGGAGAGCCUGCGCAAAUUCAGGCACAGCCUUGGCUGUUUCAGUACAUUGGUUCUGCGGGCCGACAAAACUUCCCUUCAGCCUCUGACCCUGCAGCAGCAGCCUGACCCUGCCACCUGCUUUAUGCCCUGCUCGGAAAGGAUACAUGUUGCUGUAGCUGAGAUGGCAGCACUUUUCCCGAAGAAGCCACGUUCAGAGAUGGUUCGAGCCUCACUGAGGCUACUAACUUCAAGCGCAUACAGACUCCAGUCAGAAUGCAAGAAAGCACUGCCGAUGGAACCCAGUCCUACAACUGACAUCCAACUAGUUACACAGCAAGUGAUCCAGUGUGCAUAUGAUAUUGCCAAGGCAGCCAAACAACUUGUUACAAUAACAACAAAAGAAAAUAACAACUGAUUACAGCUUUUUCCUUUUUUUUAAAUUGCAGAAUUUUUUUAUAUAAAAGAAAAUUGUUUUGGAUAUGUACCAGAAUUGGUCUGGACUUUGUCAGUAUUAUGUUUGCAUGCUUUUUAAUAACAUUAUUUACCAUAUUUGGAUAUUAAAAUAACCUUCCUUCUGCCUGUAUGUUUGCAGCAGAGUUAGACUCGUUUUUCUGGGUGCUAUUUUAAUUGUUUGACAUCAACACCUGGCGAUAUAUUGCUUUCUGGGAGUUUAUAAAAGCCUGAUUACAGUUGGUUGACAUUGUGGAAAUAAUUGAGGUAUAUUGAUAACAGUAGAAAUGUAUAGAAACUUAAAUUACAUUUCUUCCACAUUACAGGUCAAACCUAUUUCAUACGUUAUGCAAAGUAAGGAUAAAUAUUCAAAGUUGCUGUAUUGGGAAGGGAAGUGGAAAUAUUUGCAUAAACCAAAGCUAUAAAUAAGAUUUUAAUUACUGAGCAGUCUUGGUUAUGGUGCAAACCCAUAGUAAGUGAAAUAGAUUAAAGUUGAAGUGAGUAUUGUAGUGGGUCGGAAAAAUGCAUACUGGAAAGUUGCUAUUGAAUUUGGGUUUAGAAAGUUUUGGAUUAUAAGUAUUAAAGGGAAGUAUAAGCAGGUUAAAAUCUACAUGUUACACACCAGGCUGCUAUAGUGGUAUGACCACCUAGGAUUGUCAAAAUGACUAGAGAUUUUAGCUAAAACCAAAAGGCUAUAAAGGAUUGCUGAGCACAAUAUUUUUAAUCCAAUGAAAUAAUUUGAAGCAAGACUGUUAUGUAAAGUGGAGAGGUGGACUGUAGGACUGUGGAGAAAGAGCUGAGCAAUGGGACUGGUUGGAAGAACCAGCAUUAAUCUGAUGAGCUGAUUGGUGCAACAUGGAAGCAGGCCAUUCAAUGAGUUAUGAACUAUUUCUAGAACUCGGUCUACAUUUAGCUUUGGCAAGCAUUUAGGCUAAAUCUAUUUUUUAAAAUUCACACUUUGGUUAGCAGACUGAGUUCUGUUGAUCAUUGACAUUAGCUUAUAACAAUUAACUUUUCAAAAGUUUGGUUUCUUAGAAUUUCAAAAGAGCAUUACAAUAGCUUAAAUAUUUGCUAAUGAAUGCUGUUUUACAAGAAUCAUUAUAAACCUAUUCCUUCAUUCAGCUAUAUGCACAACUUUGUAAACCAGCAGCUGUGUGAAUCAGUAAAUCAAAUUGGUUAAAGCGCGUAUGAACUAAAAGCCAUACUCAUCAUUGUUUUUGUGCGAACUGUACCUCGUAAUAUUACAACUUGUGACCUACAUGACUGACAGUAUUGUAUUUAUGCAAUAUAUAGCCAAUCCUCAAUAUUGAUUAUACCUCUUUCUGUGGAAGAUAUUUUACAUCUUUGUGUUUUGCUUGUGCAUGCAGAGCUACUUAUCGUUGAUCCCACUCCUGCUAUUUGGACAGCAUUUUUGGUCAGUUAAUUUUAUGGAAGAUCAUUUACUUUUAGGUGGUAAACUUUAAAUGUUGAUCAAUUUAUUCAGCAAAACUGUAGUGAAACCUAGUCUAUGUACUUUUUGCAUUAAAUUCUCAAAUGUGAAAACCUGAUUUCUGCAAAACUGCAUCUCAGUCAGAUGUACUAUCUACUGCUCAUAAGGCACGUGGGGUUUCAACUUGAACCUUUGGAACCCACAGCAAUUGAGACUAGCAUCUCAUUUCGAUUUGUGCAGCUGUGACUUCCAAAUCAUGAUGGUAAGUGAAUUAAGAAACGUGGGAACUGGAAAGUCACCAAACUUUUAUGCAAGUGAUUUUGAAAUAGUUAAGCUGGGCAUCCCAGUCAACUUUUGUAUUGAUUGAAUCUGCAUCUAGACUAAUGCAAAUCAAAAUAUGGUGUGGAUUUGAACUGGCAGGACCAGUUGAGAAGUGCACUUCUUGCCAGCAACUCGCAAAAUAUCGUUGUUAGCAGCUGUGUUGGGGGGAAAUCUUCCCACGUCAUUAGUCACAUGUGUAAAAGGGAAGAAAGUAGCGAAAGCAUUUCGUAAUAGAAUUAAUCAUGAUUACAUCCAUUUUCUCCUGAACAUGAUAGCAGAGUUUGUUUAAGAACUUUCAGUUAGGAUUAAAGUGAGUGAAUGAAGAUGUCAGCAAGAUUAUGUACAUGUGUUAAUAUUUGUGACUGAGGCAGACAGAUUAGUAUAUUUAUGCAGGUUGUACUCAGGAUCUUUUUAUUUUGAACAUGAAAAAUGGGGAGAUUAUUUUCAGGUGAGGAUGGAUUUUGUGGUACUGUUUUGCAAUAUGAAUUAAGUAUUCCUUAAAAAUGACAAUACGGGCAUUGGCAUUACAGACGACAGCAUGAAAUUUAGGCACCAGUGGGGUGGAAUUUGACAAAUUAGUUCCAGUGUAAGUUUGUUUGCUCUGUUCCAAACACUUGCAGCCUUUGAGACAGUUAUAUAACAUUUUCACUUUUCUCUCCCCAAAAUGAGGGAACCCCUACAUACCUUUGUCAUGUGCUUCUUGCUGUGUAGUAUUUGUGUCACUUCCAGCAGUUAAUAACUAUUGAAAGUAACUAAGCAUGGAACUGUGUACAGUUUGUAAUGUGUUUACUCUGAUUUAUUAAAUACAUUGUAUGUACAUA